AUGGUUACUGAUGGUGUAGUAGUAGAUGGUGGUACUGAUGGUGUAGUAGCAGAUGGUGGUACUGUUGGUGUUGUAGUAGAUGGUGUAGAUGGUGGUACUGAUGGUGUAGUAGCAGCCGUUGGUCCUGUUGGUGUAGUAGUAGAUGGUGGUACUGAUGUUGUAGUAGUGGAUGGUGGAACUGAUGGUGUAGUAGCAGCCGUUGGUCCUGAUGGUGUAGUAGUAGAUGGUGGUACAGAUGUUGUAGUAGUAGAUGGUGUAGCAGCCGUUGGUCCUGUUGGUGUAGUAGUAGAUGGUGGUACUGAUGUUGUAGUAGUGGAUGGUGGUACUGAUGGUGUAGUAGCAGCCGUUGGUCCUGUUUGUGUAGUAGUAGAUGGUGUCGUAGAUGGUGGUACUGAUGGUGUAGUAGUAGAUGGUGGUACUGAUGUUGUAGUAGUGGAUGGUGGUUCUGUUGGUGUUGUAGCAGAUGGUGGUACUGAUGGUGUAGUAGUAGAUGGUGGUACUGAUGUUGUAGUCGUAGAUGGUGGUAAUGAUGGUGUAGUAGUAGAUGGUGGUACUGAUGGUGUAGUAGCAGCCGUUGAUCCUGUUGGUGUAGUAGUAGAUGGUGGUACUGAUGUUGUAGUAGCAGAUGGUGUAGUAGAUAGUGGUACUGUUGGUGUUGUAGUAGAUGGUGGUACUGAUGGUGUAGUAGCAGACGUUGGUCCUGUUGGUGUAGUAGUAGAUGGUGGUACUGAUGUUGUAGUAGUGGAUGGUGGAACUGAUGGUGUAGUUGCAGCCGUUGGUCCUGAUGGUGUAGUAGUAGAUGGUGGUACAGAUGUUGUAGUAAUGGUGUAG